AUGCCAUACCAGAAGAUCCCAAAGGCGCUCCGUCCGCUCUACUUGAAGGGCCUUCCAUCGUCCAGAACCCUCAAACAGGCUUCUCAUCUGGACCUUAUUGCCAACUAUCCGAACUCUGCAUAUGUUCUCCCAAAGGAGGUGGCCAAAAUCGAGGUGUUGUUCAAGAAACACAAUGCGUAUGGUCACAUGGGGAUGCGCCAGUUCUGGAAGUACAAUUUAAAGACACUCUGUUUCCACAACCCAACGGUCCCUAUCGAGGUGAUGAGGAUCGAAUGUGGCACAAGGGACGAGCAGCUCAAGUGUCCUGCACUUAUUAGGACCCAUUUCAGAGACGGCACAAUGGCGACGAUUAACGGCAAGGACAAACACAGCAGCGCCAUUAUGGAGGAGCUCGUCAAGGUGACGAGUGCCCAGCGUGUUCCCGAGAGUGAGAUCCCACUCGUUGCUCCCUCUGUUACAGCAAGAGGGUAA